CUUACAAAUUCUCAGCACAAAAUGUGAAGUUUGUUUACUAUAUUUUUCAUACAUCAAGCAGGCUUAAUACAUUGAUAGAAUUGUUUCGAGUUUAAUAGAAGGGUCAGGAAAUUAAGGAAUAUGUCAGACAGUCGCAAAUCAUCCAGAUCAAGGAAGACGGUGUGCUAUUCAAAAUUUGGUGAAGACGAUAGUGAUGAUGACUUUGCUCGAGCAACACCCCCUCCGCCGAAAAAAUCUAAGGUGGAGAAGAAAGACAAAUUAUCCAAGACCAACAGGAGCAAAGAAUCAAAAGAGAAGAACUCGGCAGUUACAAAUGACGACAACAACAGGGCUGACAGAUGUAACAAAAGGACAGAGAGAAUCUCCCCUGAUGAUAAAGCCUUUGAUCGUGAAAUGCAACUUGCUCUGGAGCUAUCAAUGCACGACUCUGAAGAAUCGCAGCCGACUGAGGCACCCUCAAACCAUCCUCCAUGCGGCAAGACGAAGGCAAUUGAAGCGCAAAUACACUUAACAGCACCCAAAACAGAAAACUCAUCCACCAGUGAUUCAACCAGUGACGUCACAGACAACAAGGAAAACAUGGUUGUCAUGACGACCAAGCCGCCACCCUCCUUCCAAGAACCUGAUGAUGAGAUCGUCUUUGUAGAAUCUCUGGAUGAGGAUGAGGUUGUUGGAGGAAGGCGGAAGAGGAAAGCGGCCAAGGAGGCGGUUGCCAAGCAACGGAAGAUGGCCGGUGAAGAGUGCGAGGAGAAAGAGGACACAGAGUUUACAGUUGACUGCAACGCAGCAAUCAGUUCUGAUGAAUUCGAUAGUGGCGACGCCGACAGCGAUUAUGAAGAAUUCACUGCAUCAAAGAAAAAGACGAAGCGAGUAGGGAAGGGCAAAGGAAAGAGCCCCAAGUCUGCAGAGAGGAGUGCGAGGACUCCAGCAAUCGGGAAGAAGGGUGCUGGGGACAGCAAACCAAAACCAACACCUAACAGAAUGGCCAUUACAAGUAAGACAAAUAAACCUUCCACCCCGGUAACCCCCCUAGCAAGACGCCCCCAGGCCGCUGGUCCAGUGAGCAACCCAGUCACCCCCCUAGCAAGACGCCCCCAGGCUACAGGUCCAGUCAGGGGCUUCACACCGCCAGGGAGCCUCGAAGGGAACAAGCGGGCGACCCUACCAUCCCCGCUACCCGUCAAACGAACGACUUGGUCCUCACCAUCAAGUUCAAAUGAGGCCAACCCACUGGGAGGAGUCAAACUAGUCUCCCCCAACCAGCACAUGAGACUCGGUCUGUCCAGAAAUAUAAGGAUAAAACCACUGCAUCCGAAUGCUAAGGCGAUUUGAUGCCUUGAUUGAAGACUAGCUGCAACUUAGGGUUGAGGGCGCCCUUUAAUCUCAUGAAAUUAUGUUAGAUGCAUUUUUAGCUUAUUUUUUUAGCCUGUUUUUUUUUUUUUUUUUAUGCUUUUCAUUUGAUUCACUAUGGGUAUUUGAUGAUGAUAAACAUUAGAAAUGUAAAGUGUACAUUUUUUAUGGUGACUGCUUUAUAUUCUUCCAAUCUCGAACUGUAUAGUCUUACUCAGUGCGCCCUAUACUCAUAUUUUAUCUAAAUAUUUGUAAAUAAAUUACUGUAAAUUAACACACGGCAUACUAGCCGGACCAAAUCAAACUAUUGGAGUGACAAA